CUCAAGUGGCAGGAGACGCUGCGUGUCAGAAGCGGAGCGGUCCUCACAUUGCCACGCACGACGUUAGGAGUUCCCCUUGCCCGCACCGUGAAAACGCCCCUCUACUCUCCCCCUAGCCGUCCCCUGCCGGCUUGUGCCUGUCUGCGGUCCCAGCCUGCAGGGCUACGUCUCCCGCGGCGGAGUAACGGCGCCCAGGGGCGGUGGCGGGGUCCGUCUUCCACUUUUUUUCCUGCAGUCUCAAUGAUCAGGAUCUGGACUGAGGCUUGACACCCGGACCUGACAGGAGGAGAGGACUGAAAUCCAUUUCUAUGACGACAGAGAAGGCUUUCGCUGGGGAAAUGAAGAGCGCAAUGGAGGGUGAUGCCCGGAGGACCAAUCAGGUUCCUGAGGACCACGGGGAAGUGGAUGAUAGUUCAGAGAAGACCCCCAGUAAAGCCUCAAAAUCACCCCAGAAAAGCACCAAGCGGCCCAAGACUGUCCCUGUCAAAGUCACUCUACUCGAUGGUUCAGACUAUGAGGCUGCAGUUGAGAAAUUUGCCAAGGGCCAGACCCUGCUGGACAUGGUGUGUGGCCAUCUGAACCUGCUGGAGAGGGACUACUUUGGACUGACUUUCCAGGACACGGACAACGCCAAGAAUUGGUUGGAUCCCUCCAAGGAGAUAAAGAAGCAAAUUCGGGUUGGUUCAUGGAUUUUUGGAUUUUCUGUCAAGUUCUACCCCCCAGACCCAUCUGUGCUCAUUGAAGACAUCACCAGGUACUACCUGUGCCUGCAGCUUAGGGACGACAUCCUGUCCGGUCGUCUACCCUGCUCGUUUGUCACCCACGCUCUUCUGGGCUCCUACACUGUCCAGGCUGAAUUGGGUGACUAUGAGCCUGAGGAACAUGGCCCAGACUAUGUUAGCGAUUUCCGCUUUGCCCCCAACCAGACACAUGAGCUGGAGGAGAGAGUGAUGGAGCUUCACCGUAACUACAGGGGAAUGAGUCCGGCAGAGGCAGAGGUGAAUUUUCUAGAAAAUGCCAAGAAGCUCUCAAUGUAUGGAGUGGACCUGCAUCACGCUAAGGAUUCAGAAGGAAUUGACAUAAUGCUCGGAGUGAGUGCCAAUGGUCUGCUCAUCUAUCGAGACCGCCUCAGGAUCAACCGGUUCGCCUGGCCAAAAAUCCUCAAGAUUUCCUAUAAAAGAAGCAAUUUCUACAUCAAGAUCCGCCCUGGAGAGUAUGAACAGUUUGAGAGCACCAUAGGCUUCAAGCUGCCCAACCAUCGGGCCUCAAAGCGACUGUGGAAAGUCUGCAUUGAGCACCACACCUUCUUCAGGUUGGUUUCUCCAGAGCCGCCUCCCAAGGGCUUCCUGGUGAUUGGUUCCAAGUUCCGCUACAGUGGGCGAACCCAAGCCCAGACCAGACAGGCCAGCGCUCUGAUUGACAGGCCAGCCCCACAGUUCGAUCGGUCCGUGAGCAAGAGGUACAUGCUGCCUCGAAGCAUUGAUGGAACCUCAGCUCUCGGUGAUAGCACGGACCAGCUCUCCCAGCGAAGCUCCAGUGAACGCACACAGUUCAUGUCCAGAGAAGACCUGGACCAAGAGGGCAGCCUGGAUCUGGACCACGAUCAGUACCACUAUCAGGACCAAGACCAGGACCAGUACACAGAUCAAGAGCUGGAGCAGCAUGAAGGUCAAGAUCAGAAGCAGCCAUGGGGCGACAACACCUCAACACCCACCAAGGCUUUAGAGCUCAAGAGUGAAGAGGCAGGCUCGCCUGUAGAUUCAAAGCCAGAGGAUCUGGCCAUCCCUCGGCCCAAACAGGAGCAAUUCUUGGAUAAGCCGGAAGAUGUUCUACAAAAGCACCAGGCGAGCAUCAAUGAGCUGAAGAGGGCUUUGAGGCAGCCUAACAGCAAGAUGGCCCAGAGGGAGAAACGUCUCUCCUCAGCUACUCCUCCUGGAGGAACCCCUGAACGGAAAUCAGCGACCGGUGAUGGAAAAUUGAUUGACAAGCAGAACGCUUAUGAAGGAGCGCUGGAUACUUACUCUAAAGGUGAAAAGAGUAAGAUCUCUUCUAUGGGUAGAAACAUAUUUGCAUCUUGGACUGAAACAAAUAUGAACACUUGUCAAACACCCUGGGACUCUUUGAGAACUAGACCCGGAACGUCUUUGAAACAAGAAACAGACUUUACAGCUACAGGAGUAAUAGAUUUGAACCCCAUUGAUGAUACCUUAGCAACUAGCAGGUAUCAUGAUUCUGUAUUAGCAAGGAAUGCCAUUCAAGAAAAUGGAUACGGAUCUCCGACGGACAAACAGAGGAGUGUAAUGAACAGCAGAGAUGUGAGGCAUUGUCAGUAUGACCACAACAUUCAUCGAGAGAGACCAAAGAACUUUGAAACUGCGGUGGCUGUGGAUUCUCUCCCAAAGGGCAACGGGGACAGAAUUGAGAGUGAUGCAGGACAUUGUGAGACUUGGAAAAUAAAAGACCCAAGCCCUAUGGGAGUGAGAGAUUGUAAAAAAACUGGGAAGUCACACUCAGGAGUCACCAAAAUAGUCCCUCUCAAGCCACAGCGAUCAAAGAAGUCUUUGAAUAAAGAGAACAAAGAUGUUGUAAACCCUCAAACUCAAAGCCAGUCUGAUAGAGGUGUCUUUGGUGCGGCUGGGGACGUACAGAAGAUAAAAUCAAAAGAUGGAUCCUGUCAGGCAGGAAGGAGACUAGAUGAUAAUACUGAACUGCAAAUUGCAGAUGUUCAGCAAACUCAACUACAUCAGCAGAGAAAGAAUGAUUUAUUUGGACAACAGGAGCUCAGAGGCUGCAGAGAUACAACAGGGCAAAAUCAGUGGACGAGAGGAGGAGGCAUGCUACAUGAAGAUCUUUUUCAAAACAACUCAGAGUUUAAAGAGAACCUCUUUUCUAGCUCCAAAUUCCCAACAGCUCCCCCUCGAACUCUUCCUCUGAAAACGCAGUGGUCCCGAGAGAGACAGAGCAAUGGCGAUAAUAGUCACAUCCACUACAGGAUGCCCACACAAGAAAUGGCCAAGAGGAAGCAAGCGGAGACACCUCCCACACCUGCUAUUCAUGAGGAGCCUCUCGGCGAAGCUUUAAGGGAACCAUGGGAGAGACGUCUGGGCUCUGUAUCAGAGGAUGACCAGGACCACGAGAUCCUGUACCUGAAGGAAACCCACUUGGGCAUCGAGCGCAAAUGUUCCAGCAUCACGGUCAGCUCUACGUCCAGCCUGGAGGCCGAAGUAGAUUUCACCGUCCUCACAGACCUGCACACCGGCAUGGAGGAGUUCUCCAGGGGCAUGUCAGAGCUGGGAGAAAGGGACCUGUCACCUGAUGGGGGUCUAUGCCUAGGCAUUGACUUACUUCAGCAGCAGGGCCCGUCUGAACCACCUUCUCCGUUAGUAUCAGCUCCUCUGUCCAGAGGAGCCAGCAGCAGCCCUCCGGCCAAGCAUGUUCAGGCUGAUGAAGUCCGACUAGAGGUCAAACGUUCCGAUGUUCAGCCUGUAGUUCCCAAAAAACCCAAGAGGUCAGUGCCAGUGUCUUCGUCAGCGGACAGAGAGCAGUCGCACAGAGAAGCCAGUCGCGCCCCUGCCGUCACGCCGCUGAGCAGGGAGGCCAGCGAUGUCAUGCCCACGCCGACAGUGAGGAAGACGGACGUCAGGACGGAGACUCAGCCCAACGGGUCAGAGGUCACCACAACCAUCGUGGAGUUCACAGAUCAGGAUCACGGUUUUGCUGCAAUGAGUGACGUUUCAUACUCUUCGAGACAGAGUGUAUCCCCUGUGCACAUGGGCAGUCUUGGAAGAGAGGCGGCAGGGUCGCCCAUCCUGGUCACUGAAAAUGUUACCUCAGCAACCACCCACGUCACCAAGACGGUGAAAGGAGGAUAUUCAGAGACCAGGAUCGAGAAGAGGAUCAUAAUCACAGGAGACGAUGAUGUAGACCAAGAGCAGGCUCUGGCUAUUGCAAUCCAGGAAGCCAAGCAGCAGCAUCCAGACAUGCAGGUGACCAAGGCAGUCGUUGUCAGGGAAACAGAAUCGUCCACUGAGGAUCGACACAGCACAUCAGAGUCCUGAUUCGCUGAGACAAGAGUGCCCCCCUUUGGACCAGAAGUGUCAGUGCCCGACCUGAAAUUGCCACCCGCCAUCCUGACUGAUAGAUUACUGACAGUGGUGCUCAAAUGGAGCCUCUUGUUCAUGUUCACACACGAACCAGGACUCCUUUCAAAUCCUUCUGUUUUUUUU